AUGCCUAAACGAACCGCACAGCAGGUGCUUCACGACGAAGAAAGAGUGAAGGAAGAGAGGAUGAAGGAGCUAGCUGAAAAGCUGGAAGGAUUGAGCCCAGCUGAGCUGCAGGACUUCUUGCAGGAUCUAUACUCAAGUAUGCAAGAAGACACCGAAAAUCCCCACGGCGUAUGGGUCAACAAAGAAAAAUCCUACAUCAUCCUGGAGUUGUUUUAUGAGGAAGGGUGCCGCCACAUCAGGUACGAUUACAAAACAGAGACACUGGCGGAUGGUCCUAGAGCCCAGACGAUUUACCGUCGGUGCCUGCCGCCCAAGCCCGGAGACCCAGUCGAAUUUCUCGCCAUGAUUAGGCAUGAGAUGGUAGACUGUGUGAGCCUCAUCUGCAAAGACGCCGCGAAUGUGGUGAAUGUCACGAACGCGCAGCAGUGCGUGGACACGGUCACCAGUUGCGUCUACGCCCUCUACGCCACUUCGGCGUCCAUAACUUGUGAAGACGAGCCGUUCAAGUCCCACUGGAAAAAAACUCGAGGGUGGGAGCUCUCCUCCGCAGACGAUUCUGGAUGGCCGACCAAUUUUGUGUAA